AUCGUCUCUUCCCACUUCGCACCCACACAAGUAAAGCUCCCAAAAUCAAAUUAAAUUAAAGAGAAAAAAAAGAAGAAGAGAAGGGCAAAUCGAUUCGCCAUGGCUGCUCCCCGCACGCCUCUCCCCCUCGUCCUCCUCCUCGUCUCCGCCGCGCUCCUCGCGGCGGCUCCCCUCUCGCCGGCGGCCGAGACCGGUGCCGCCGCGUUCGACGUCCGCCGCCACCUCUCCACCGUCACCAGGUACGAUGUGGCGAGGGGAUCCAAUAGUGUGUCCUCCGCGCCGUCUAUGUCGGAUGAGUGCCGCGUGAUCCACCUCAAUCUCGUGGCAAGACAUGGGACUCGCGCACCUACCAAAAAGAGAAUCAAAGAGCUGGAUAGACUGGCGGUUCGGUUGAAGGCUCUUAUCGAUGAAGCAAAACAAGGGCCUGAAAGUGACUCCCUGAAAAAAAUUCCUUCAUGGAUGAAAGGGUGGGAGUCACCCUGGAAAGGUAGGGUGAAAGGUGGUGAGCUGGUCAGUGAAGGGGAGGAAGAGCUAUACAACCUUGCUAUCAGAGUCAAGGAGAGGUUUCAAGGCCUAUUUGAUGAGGAAUAUCACCCUGAUGUGUAUUCAAUAAGAGCAACUCAGGUUCCUCGGGCAUCAGCUAGUGCAGUAGCAUUUGGUUUGGGUCUACUUUCUGGGAAAGGGAAGCUUGGACCUGUGAAAAACCGUGCCUUUUCUGUUCUGAGUGAGAGUCGUGCAAGUGAUAUUUGUCUGCGAUUCUUUGAUAGCUGUGAAACAUACAAGGACUACAGGAAAAGAAAGGAGCCUGAUGUUGAAAAGCAAAAGGAACCAAUUUUAGAACACGUCACAUCGGCAUUAGUUAACCGUUAUCAUCUCAAUUUUACACCAAAAGAUGUUUCUUCCCUCUGGUUCCUUUGCAAGCAGGAAGCAUCUUUAAUGAAUAUAACCAAUCAAGCUUGUCAACUUUUUAAUGAAGCUGAGGUUUAUUUUCUAGAGUGGACAGAUGAUCUGGAGGGCUUUGUGCUAAAAGGUUAUGGUGAGUCAAUAAACUAUCGGAUGGGACUGCCAUUGCUCAAGGACGUUGUCCAGUCAAUGGAAGAAGCAAUCGUUGCUAAAGAAGAAAACCACCCUGAUGGUACAUAUGAGAAGGCAAGGCUCCGAUUUGCACAUGCUGAAACUGUUGUCCCUUUCUCAUGUCUUCUUGGUCUUUUUCUUGAAGGAUCAGAUUUUGCGAAGAUACAACGGGAGGAAUCAUUGGACAUACCUCCUGUGCCACCACAGGGAAGAAAUUGGAAGGGCAGUGUUGUUGCACCUUUUGCUGGUAACAAUAUGUUGGCUUUGUACCAGUGCCCAGGAAAAACUGAUGGUGGUAAGAUUUCUCGGGAUCAGAAGAGCUCAUACUUCGUGCAGGUUAUACACAAUGAAGCUCCAGUUUCAAUGCCGGGAUGCGGGAACAAAGAUUUCUGCCCAUUUGAAGAGUUCAAGGAGAAGAUAGUUGAACCCCACCUGAAGCAUGACUACGACGCCCUAUGCAAGAUAAGGCCGGUGGCAAGAGAGGAGCCUUCCUCCUUCAGUUCCAGGAUGUCCAAUUUCUUCCUAGGUUUGUUCUCGCAGAAAGGAUACCGUGUUAGUGCUCAGGAUGUGAAGUCGGAGCUGUAGGUUUAUACUAGGCAGAUGGUGCAUCUUCUACCUUUCGCACUAAGCUGCUACUAUCCAUCUACCAUGGAUAACCAAGGGACUGACUCGUGGACUAAACUACGGUGUUUCUGUACUUGCAACCCUCAGUUUGAUGAGCGAGUCCAAUGUGUAACAACACGCUAUCACUGGUGCCCCUCUUCUUUCAGAUAGAAGACGUUUGUUGAUCAAUGUAAUCUUUGUUUUAAUCUGGACUUUCUCUAGUGCUCAACUGCUGACUCUGUUGAGAUCAAACUGAAAGUACUAGCACACGGUUGUGAUUGUGGCCCUUGUGGUAGGUUGAGAUCAUGUACUACUACUUGGACAAUCCGUUUCAAGCUUUCAGCUCAA